GGGCCCGCCUCCGUAAUAGACUGCCCGGCGCAUGCGGCCGGGCUGGUGCACUGGCUGCCGGGGCCUCAGCGUGCGCGUCGUCCUUGUAGCUCUUUAGCCGACGGCAGGAUUUAAAGCCGGCCUCAGGUGAGCGAGUACAAUGAAGUACAUUCUAGUUACUGGCGGUGUUAUAUCAGGAAUUGGGAAAGGAAUCAUCGCCAGUAGCGUGGGCACAAUACUCAAGUCAUGCGGUUUACAUGUCACCUCCAUUAAAAUUGACCCGUACAUUAACAUUGAUGCAGGAACAUUCUCUCCUUAUGAGCAUGGUGAGGUUUUUGUGCUGGAUGACGGUGGGGAGGUAGACCUUGACCUGGGUAACUAUGAACGUUUCCUUGACAUCCGCCUCACCAAGGACAAUAAUCUGACCACUGGAAAGAUAUACCAGUACGUCAUUAACAAGGAACGCAAAGGAGAUUACUUGGGGAAAACCGUCCAAGUCGUCCCGCACAUCACAGAUGCAAUCCAGGAGUGGGUCAUGAGACAGGCCUUGAUACCUGUGGAUGAAGAUGGCCUGGAACCCCAAGUGUGUGUUAUCGAGCUUGGUGGGACGGUGGGAGAUAUAGAAAGCAUGCCCUUUAUCGAGGCCUUCCGUCAGUUCCAGUUCAAGGUCAAAAGAGAGAACUUCUGUAACAUUCACGUCAGUCUCGUUCCUCAGCCAAGUUCAACAGGGGAACAGAAGACUAAACCCACCCAGAACAGUGUUCGAGAACUCAGAGGGCUGGGGCUUUCCCCAGAUCUGGUUGUGUGCAGGUGCUCAAAUCCCCUCGACACAGCAGUGAAAGAGAAAAUAUCGAUGUUCUGUCACGUUGAACCUGAACAAGUGAUCUGUGUCCACGAUGUCUCGUCCAUCUACCGAGUCCCCUUGCUGUUAGAGGAGCAGGGGGUUGUAGAUUAUUUUCUUCGGAGACUUGACCUUCCUGUUGAGAGACAGUCACGAAAGAUGCUGAUGAAGUGGAAAGAGAUGGCCGACAGAUAUGAUCGCUUGCUGGAGACCUGCUCCAUUGCCCUCGUGGGCAAAUACACCAAGUUCUCAGACUCAUACGCCUCUGUCAUUAAAGCUCUGGAGCACUCUGCACUGGCCAUCAACCACAAGCUGGAAAUCAAGUACAUAGAUUCCACCGACCUGGAGCCGAGCACUUUGCAGGAGGAGCCCGUGCGCUACCACGAAGCCUGGCAGAAGCUGUGCAGCGCUCAUGGUGUGCUGGUUCCAGGGGGAUUUGGUGUUCGAGGGACGGAAGGAAAAAUCCAAGCGAUCGCCUGGGCUCGGAAACAGAAGAAGCCUUUUUUGGGUGUGUGCUUAGGAAUGCAAUUGGCAGUUGUUGAAUUUUCAAGAAAUGUGCUGGGAUGGCAAGAUGCCAAUUCUACAGAGUUUGACCCUAACACCAGCCAUCCUGUGGUUAUAGACAUGCCAGAACACAACCCUGGCCAGAUGGGCGGAACCAUGAGGCUGGGCAAGAGGAGGACCCUGUUCCAGACCAAGAACUCUGUCAUGAGGAAACUCUACGGAGACCCAGAUUACUUGGAAGAGAGGCACCGCCAUAGAUUUGAGGUGAAUCCAGUCUUGAAAAAGUGUUUGGAAGAGCAAGGCUUGAAGUUUGUUGGCCAAGAUGUUGGAGGAGAGAGAAUGGAAAUUGUGGAGCUGGAAGAUCAUCCCUUUUUUGUUGGAGUUCAGUACCACCCUGAGUUCCUGUCCAGACCUAUCAAGCCUUCCCCACCAUACUUUGGCCUCCUCCUGGCCUCCGUGGGGAGGCUCCCGCAUUACCUUCAGAAAGGCUGCAGGCUCUCGCCCAGGGACACCUACAGUGACAGGAGCGGAAGCAGCUCCCCUGAUUCUGAAAUCACUGAACUGAAGUUUCCAUCAAUAAAUCAUGACUGAUGGUAACGGAUGAUUCUUGAAGAGAGCCUUUGGACUUCAGGAGUUUACAGCUUUGAUUUUACACUCAGCUUUCGACACUUCCUUUAAAUUAUGUUUUUAUUAAGGUAUUUUAUUAUGGGGGAAGGUAUCGGGAAGACUUUGUGGAUUGCAUGUCCCACCCACCCCGUGUACCGGCUCGUGCACAGCGUGCUGCCCACUGCUCCACUCUCUCCCUCGCGGUCCUCCAGCCUCCGACGAGACGUAGGACGUGCGGGCGGAGCCAGAUGGUCACCACACUUCUCCCACCGCCUCACAUCCCCGUGGAUUCGAGCGUGUCACUGUUCCUUUCUCUGAUGCCAGGACCAUCCUAAAAUGUGUGCCGUGCGUGCAGCUGAGUGGGCCCGGAGGGGUGAGUCCAGCUAGUGCUGACCACCUCAGGGCAGGAGCAGCGAAACCAGAACUAAAGUGUCAGCUCUGCCCCGUGCAGGGGGACCCUCUGCGCCAUCUGUGGCUGGGACUUGUUGUCCAAAGGGACGGUCAGUUUGGCGUCACAUGAAACGGCAAGCAGUCUGUCUGGAGUCUGAGUUAAGAGUCCCCGUCCUCUGGCUGCGCUUCUCUUCCCGGGGCUAGGAGACGCUCCUUGCAUCAAGGGGUCGCUUAAAAAAGAACAGAAUCUUUUGGGGAAACUGCCUCUCAAUCCCUCUCAUAUAUAGACAGCUUUGCCCAAGGGGACUCUUUCCUUCCAGAACGGUGUUACUGCGGUUGAAAUGCAACAUGAAAAGCUAUUUUCUUAACGUGCUGUAACGACAGGCCAAGCUGCAUGCCCGUUGUGUCCUGGCUGGACGUGGUGUACACACUAACUUAAAUAAAUGACGCAGAACGAGA